UUGCCUAGCACAGAUUUUUGGGUCAUCGUAUUCAACCUUCAAAACGUAGCGACAGAACUACAUAAACAGAGGAGAUAUACCGAAGAAGAAGUAGUGUACAGACAGGCACUAAUGGCAUACGAAAAUACGCUAGGGGACGAGCACGUACAAACGAUUUCAACGAUCGCAGAGCUAGCAUACGUGACACAAGAACUAGAAAAGUGGGAAGAGGCAGAAAAUUGGUACAAAAGGUAUCUAGAGUUACAACGGAAGAAGUACGGAUAUUGGCAUCAAUCAACGCUUCCAGUCGCGCGUCAAUUGGUGCUUAUGUUUGCAAAGCUGGGGAAACCCACAGAGGCAGUAUAUUUCUACAAAGAUGCACUAAAGGGGUAUCAAAGUACUUCUGAAAAUGAUACCAGAUCAUUGCUUUCAUUCGGAAGUGACCUGGGGUCACUUCUAGUUUCUAUGGAAAAGUAUGAAGAGGCGGAGUUGUUGUGUAGAGAGUUGCUAUCAGUAUACCAAGAGAAGGAUUGGCAUCAAACUGAAGAUGCGUUCUCGGUGAGAAAAACUCUGGCGGAGAUUCUCAACUUCCAAAAAAAGUACGAUGAAGCAAAGGAUCAGUAUAGAGAUUUGUCACAACUGCAGUCAAAACAAUUGCUGGAAGAUUGUGACAAAAUCCAGAAGCUGAUUGUCCAGGGAAUGUACGAUCAGGCAAAUUAUGUCUGUAUACAGGCUCUAGGAGCAUGUAGAAAGAAUUUCGGGAUUGACUCCCCACAAUCAGUGCCAUUGUUGCGGGAAUUGAGUGCUGCCCUGUUAUAUCAGCAAAGGCUUGUGGAGGCGGAAAAUAUCCUUAGACGAGCACUAAAGAUUCACGAAGUGCCAUUUGAAGAUUCUGAUAUUACCAUACUAGAUGUCAUGCGAGAUCUGGGCAAGGUGAUAGAGAUGCGAGGAAGACUCGACGAGGCACAUGUUAUGAGAAUGCGGAUGGCAGAUGCAGUAGUGGAUAUGGGCACGCAAGCGGCGCAAGCAGUGCAAGCAGUGUUGGGAACGAAAGAACAAGCGACGGCGCGACAGCUACAGGCAGCACGAGCGGCAGUACGAGAGCGAGAGAUAGCGCAAGCAGCAGCGCAAGAGCUACAGGUAGCUCAGGAAACCAUAGAGAUGCAAAACGAGCAGGAUACGAAUUCUGGGGACACAUCGGAGGAUUGGGAUUGGGAUUCGGAUUCGGAUGACAUUAUAUUUUGA